UAUAAAUACUCCUAAUCUUAAACAUUUUUUCAUAUCUCUUCUCCAAUUCUUCCUAAAUCCUAUUCUUAACUCUCUACUCUCUAAUUCUCUUAUUCUCCAAUAUAUUAUAUUUAUUAUUUAUAGUUUAUAUUAAUUAUCUACUUAUAUAAACUAUAAAUAGAUAUAAAUAGUAUUAUAUUACUUAUAUUUCUUAUCUAAUUAUAUAUUACUUAUAUAUUUAUUAUAUCUAUUAAUAUAGUUGGAAUUAUAUCUAAUUAAUUUGAAGUCAUUCUAUUACUCCCAUCCGAAAGACCGAAAGUCCGAAAGAGGUACGAAAUUAUUCUAUUAUUUACACUUGUUUAAUUAGUUUAAAAAAUAUGUUGUACACAAAACUAGUUAAUUCACUACUUAAUUUGCUAUAACUCGAAUUAAUAGUUAGAUAAAUAGUUAAUUAGUUUUUUACAAUUUUUUAUUAAUUGCUACAUUUGACUCUAGUUUAAAAAUAAUGUUGUACACAAAACUAGUUAAUUCACUACUUAAUUUGCUAUAACUCGAAUUAAUAGUUAGAUAAAUAGUUAAUUAGUUUUUUACAAUUUUUUAUUAAUUGCUACAUUUUUUAGAUGGAUCGUCCUAGAUAUUCGGUUGAUAUGGGUAACCUCGAGCGCAACCGAACGAACGAGCUUGCGAGGAAGAGAUCCCGCAAAGGUAAAUCACAUCUCGGCUCUUCAUCUCAAAGUCAAGAUGAUUUUGAUACGGGUUACGUAAGGAGGGAUGGGGAUGCGAUGACCGACGAACAACUAGAAUAAGAAUUGCACCGACAUAAUUCCCGAUUUUUUCAAGACCAACCGAGGACCAUUGACGAAGAAGAGCUCGAGGACGAGGACGACGAUGUGGAGGAAGCAAUUCCGGAGAGCCACGACGACGAGGAGGAGGAGGGUGGCGGCAGCCAUGACGCCGACCAAGCAGCCUCAUCCCAAACAGGUACAAAAAAAAGUAAAUCUGAAUUAAUGGCUAAUAAUUUUUCUAAGUGGAAGGACCCGAACACCGGGAAUUGGACCGCAACUUGCAAUUGGUGCAAGAAAAACUAUAGCUUGGGGAUUUCCGGCGGAUACGGAUCCGCCACAAGACACCUUAAGUCCAAACACCCGGUGGAGUAUGCAAAAUUAGGCGGCGGAACGGGGAAGCAAACGCAAAUAUCGAGGUUUGCAAAUAAUCAACAAGCUUUUGGUAAUUUCUCAUACAAUGAUGCACAAAAUUUGACAGGUAUGGCUAACUUACUUGUUGAAGAAAAUUUGCCUUAUUUGUUUUCUGAAAGUCUUGCUUUUCGUGAUUAUGCACAAACUUGUUUAAAUCCGCAAUAUAGAGGUUAUAGUCGCAAAACGGUUAAGAAAGAAAUUUCAAGGCUUUAUGGUGCGGAAAAGGUAAGGUUACAAAAUUAUUUUGCAAACUUUGAUGGACGUGUUACUGUAUGUUCUGACAUAUGGGAGGAUACUUAUCAUAAUUUACAUUAUUUGGGUCUGACUGUACAUUAUAUUGAUAAUGAUUGGCAUAUGCAUAAACGUGUUCUUGCUUUCCGUGAAUUUAAUGAUCGUCACACCGCUGAACAUAUUUAUAUUUUGAUUGAACGUAUUUUAAUUGAGUAUAAUUUAAUUGAUAAGGUGUUUGCUAUUGGUUUUGAUAAUGCUACUAAUAAUACUGCUGCUAUUCCUAGAUUGCGUGAAUUGUGUGGUUCUACUUCUUUGAUGGGUAGAUUUUUUCAUCAACGAUGUGCAUGUCAUGUUCUAAAUUUAUGUGUGCAAGAUGGUCUAAAAGCGUUGGGAGCAUCGUUGGAGGUAGUCAAGGGGGGGAUUAGACGUAUUUGGGGUAAUGGACACCUUAGGAAAAAAUGGCAUGAUUAUUUGAUAGAAAGAGGUGAGAGAUAUGUGGCUUUUCCAAAAGAUUUGUCUAUUCGUUGGAAUAGUACCUAUAAGUUAAUUGGAGUUCUUCUUAGAUAUAAACAACAUUUUCCUGCUUUUAUGAAACAAUAUGAUACUCCCUCCGUCCCUAAUCUUUCUCCCUUUUCGGCUGGGCACAUUUAUUAAGAUAGUGGGAUUUGUGUGGUGGAGAGUUGUGGAGAGGAGAGAGAAAUGUGUAAGAAUGUGUAAGAAUGGUUGUGAACCACAAAUUUUUUGCUAAAAGGGGGAAGAGGAGAUAAUUUUGGGACGGACGAAAAAGGAAAGUUUGAAGAUAAUUUAGGGACGGAGGGAGUAACUAUAUUAUAAACUCGGCUGAGAUCGACACCUGUGAAAAAAUUUGUAAUGCUUUGAUAUAUUUUAAUAAUGCAACUGAAACUUUUAGUCAUGUUUAUAAACCUACCUCAAACCAAUUUAUUCGUGAAGCUGUUAAUCUCGCCGGUGCUUUUUCAAAUUUUGAGAAUGCUGAUUAUGUGAAUUAUUUUGCUGGUUUUAUGAAGGAAAAGUUUUUAAAAUAUUAUUCACAUAUUCCGCAUAUUUAUGGUAUUGCAUUUGUUCUCGAUCCUCGUUUUAGACUUGGUUCUUUAGAAGAAUGUUUGAAUUAUUAUUAUGCUGCUUUUUUUGGUCCAUUGCCAAUGUAUGAGGACAACCCAAUUGAUCCGAAAAAAGAAUACAACGAGGUUAGUGAUAUAUUUUAUGCAUUAUUCAAUGAGUUUCAUGCACAAUAUGGCAAUGCGCCCCCUCCCCCGACACAAACAUCAUCUAAAGGAAAAUCAAUUUUCAAAUCUACGUUUGCCAAUCUUAUUAAAAAAACAAAAUCAACUCCCGCUACACAACAAAGCACAAUUAAUGAGAUUUCUUUGUAUUUAACUUAUGAUGUUGAUUUUGAAGAAGAUGAUGAUUUUGACGUACUAAACUGGUGGAAGGGAAAAGAAAGAAUGUUCCCGGUUUUAGCAAAGAUGGCUAAGCAAGUGCUAUCAAUGCCGGUUUCAACAGUUGCCGUGGAACAAGAAUUUAGUUCGGCCGACAAUGUUCUAACACAAACCAGAACGAGGUUGAGCGCUGAAUCUCUUGAGAUGCUUAUAUGCUACCACGAUUGGUUGAAAGCAGCACGUAGAGCUCAAGAAAUUGACAUCACUCCAUCCCAACACUUUAUGGAUGAAUCUACGGAGGGUGACUCUACUUAUGCCGGAGAUUCUGAUUAAAAACAAUUAUAGUUCCUAUUUAAUUUUCAAAUGUAGUUCCUAUUUCAUUUCAAAUAAAUGCACUUGAAGUUUGUUUUUUAAUACUUGUAUAAAACUAUAAAGUAUAAAAUAUAAAUUUAAAAAAAAAAUUACCCGGCCCGGCCCGGCCCGGCGGGUGGCCCGACCCGUGACCCGGGCGGGUGGCCCGGCCCGAACCGGACCCGUCCAACCCUCGGGCCGGUCCCGGGCCCACUAUUCUAG